AUGCCAUUCAUAGAAAUCCCAAAAAUUUUCAGGCUUGACUACAGGAUCUGGUGGAUAAUUUUCUUUGUGUCUCAAAUACUAAUUUUUGCCCUCAUGCUUGGUUCUAUUUUCACAACCAAGUGGGUUCAGCUAGAUCCGAGCAUUAUAAAAGGAGGCUUGCUUUACCAAAAAGAGUUCGUCGGAGCCACAGUAAAUAAAUAUUACUGGGACGUCUAUGAUAAAGAAUGCGAGGGUUACCACAAGUUUUCCCUUUGCAAACUAGUCAAAGAUCUAGGCGUUGCAGGCAGAUGCUUUGCUGCUUUUGAAUGGAUUGGCUUCUUUUUCCUGCUUGUAUGGAUUGGGUAUUUCGUAAACUUUGUGAUGAAGUGUGGGAAUUUUAGAUGCUUCUGACCGCAUAGGCCUUAUUGUGAGGCUAUAACGGUAGUUGUUUGCCAUUAUUUGGCAACUAUAGUGUGGCUGGCUAAUUCACAUGCGGAGUUUAAGAGCGAUUGCAAAUGGGACGGGAAUAAAAGAGAUAUUCCUACAAUUUGCGCAGAGGAUGGGCCGAACACUGCGUUGUUUUUGAUGAUUUUUUUGCCUAUUGUGGUGACCGUUUUUAUUUGUGUUUUCCAGGUAGCGUAUAAAGAUCUUUUGGCGGAAAGAGAAAGGAUUGAAGGGCAGCCAGUUCAGAUGUCGGGAUAUAUACCUCCUGUACAGUAUGCACCACAGGGUUAUCAAGCUUCUCAGCAAUAUCCAGUUCUCCAGGGGCAGCGCUAG